AUGCAGGAUUAUUUCCAGGACGCACACCCCUCCUCUCCUUCGGCGUCUGCAAUACAUGCCUCUUCACCAGAGCAACUCGUCGAUAAGGCACUGUACGCUUUGGAAAAGGCCGGGGUCCAACUCAUCGAAUGGAAGUCGCUCCUAUACAGGCGCAUGGGCGUUCCUGUGAUUCUCAAAAACUUUCAAUAUCUCGUCCCGGAUGAGCAGCUGGAGUGCGCCUCGACGAUCCUCGAGGAGGGCGAAGGUCUACCGCUCUCUAUCCCCCCACCGCUACUAUUGAAGACUGGCGGCGACUUCUACGCAAAGGCGAUGAUGCACCGGGUUUCACAAUAUACCUCGGUGGCACAAGCACAGCACCUCAUGCUCUAUCCCGCCAGCCUAGCGGCAUACGCCCAUACCGAGCUCGAGUUAAAACCCCGCCUCACCCCCCUUGCGCACCCAAAUUGCGAAAACAUUCUCGUCCCUUCGCCCCCAGCGGUGUACGCCUCGCUCCUGCGCAUGAUGCGUUCGUAUCCACGCUACAGUCCCACGCGCAAGACGCUCGAGUCAGACCUUUCCGAGCUCAUCGGAUAUAACCUAUAUGGGCUCGAGGACGGGUUCGUCGAUUGUGAUGACGAGGAGUUGUGCGAAAACCUCCAGGUCGACCGGCGUGUCGGGGACGCAAUAGCCGUCGUGCGGGCCUGGCGACAGACCUCCGAGCUGCGCGACGAGGACAACUGGAUUGCGGAGACUCUGGAGGAUAUUGUCUCAGGUAGAAGGGACAUCGAAGACGUUCCCUGGGCUGCGCCUCCAGCCAGGCUAUAG